UAUUUUUUUAACCUAUAUUAAUAUUUUUUACACUUUUAACAAAUUGAUUGUUAAAAUUAAAUUUUAAAUGGAUUUUAAAAGAAUUUCCAAUGUUAAAUCUAAAGGAGAAUAUUUAUGGUCAAUGAAACUGAUAGAAAACUUGCGCUUCUGAUUAAGUAGUAUAUUACUGGUGCACUUUUAUUUUAAAAAGAUCUCACAAAAAUUCGACAAUAUCCAAACUUUAUGAAAAUACUCAAAAUCAAUUAAAAUAUCCACCAAACAAUUAUAUUAUGGAUGAAUAAAGUUAAAGUGAAUGUCAGAUACCGAGAAAUUAAAUGGGUUUUGUAAUGUUGGACAACAUUUGUAUUCACCUAUCAGUCCCGCUAAAAUACGGAAGGGAUUAUCCAAAAAGACAGAAAACGAGGACAAAAAGGUUAAAGAUGAUGAUUCUGAUAAAACCUCCUCUUCAUCCGAGUCGACGAUUCCUCCAGCUCCGAACGGGGGUUAUGGAUGGAUCAUUGUGCUGGCCUCAUUCAUGAUACACUUCGUAAAUGACGGGGUUGGGUUCGCGUUUGGUGUGAUAUACGUGUCCUUCUUGGACUACUUCCAGGACAGCAGGGGAAAAACGGCUUUCGUAGUGUCUAUUUACUAUGCCGUGCCUCUUCUGGCCGGACCCAUAGCCAGUAUUUUGGUGGACACUUACGGAUGCCGCAAGAUGACGAUAGUUGGGGGCCUUAUAUCAUUUGUGGGAUUCGGGGCCAGUGUAUUUGUAAGACGCAUAGAGGCCCUAUACGUAACGAUGGGACUUGUAACAGGCUUGGGGUUGUCGCUCGUCAACGUAGCCUCAAUUGUCGUUGUGGCCUUCUACUUUGACUCUAAACGGGCCUUCGCCACGGGCCUUUCUACCUCGGGAUCCGGUAUCGGGGCAUGCGCCUUAGGAGCGUGCACCGAAAUCCUAUUACAGAAGUACGGCUGGCGUGGCACCACUCUCCUAUUCUCGGGUUUAUUUCUCAACAUUGUCGUGUUUGGCGCCAUGAUGAGGCCAGUGGAAUGGCCCCGUAAUUUGGCUCAAGCUCGCCGUCACCGAAAAUACCAAGAAAAGCUUCAAGAUUUUCAAGAAAUGUCGAAGAACAAUCCCGGUACCAUGGUGGCACUCUUGACGGGAGACAUUAUGAACUUGAACGAGUCUUUCGACCACUUGAAUGCCAACACAAAAAACGACGAUUCUCAGACCACAUCCUCUAACCACGAGGACCAUCACGAACUAGACGAUGAUGUCGAUAGAUACAAGGCCCAUUCCGUCCUCGAUAUACCAACUUAUUUAACCAAGAACCCCAUUCUAGUCAACGAAACUUACGAAACACUCCAUAAGGAUUAUAAUGUUGAUAAUCUGAUUCAAUUAUUACCCAUGGUCAACCCCGAUAUUUAUCAUCAAACACUGAUUGCCGACCCUACCCACAAUCGCCAAGUAAUACUCAAAGGAAAUCAGAGCCUUUCAUUGACACCUAGGCCUAAGCACGAUAUCUGGCUCGAGCACGUUGAUAAAAUGCGUAAAGCCGAACGAUAUAGAUUUUUAAGGCUCAAUCGAUCAAACAUCACUAGUCGAGGUUGCAUGCUGAAUACUCCAAAAUACACGAUUCGCGCCUCUAGCUGUCCCGACGUCUAUACCAGCACGCUAAAAAGAGACAGCGACGAUACAACAAUUAAACAAGUUCUCAACGAAUUAAUCGAUACUAUCAAAUCCAUGUGUGAUUUAACGAUGCUCAAGGAUAUCACCUAUUUAUUAUUUUUCCUAUCCAAUUUUUUGUUAUGCCUCGUUGACGACAUUCCCCAUCUUUACAUCGUGGAUAAAGCUAUAUCCUACGGCAUAGACCCCGUUAGCGCGGGCUUUAUUUUAUCGAUAAUGGGCUUGGUUAGCACAGUGGGUCAAAUUUUUUUCGGUUACCUAGCCGAUAAACCUAACUUAAAUACCAUUUAUCUUUACACUGCCGCGACCGCCGGGUGCGGACUCAGUUGUUUUGCUUUCACCUUUUUUACGGAUUACGUUGGUUUAUGCGCUUUUGCGGCUCUUUACGGGUUUUUGAUUAGCGCGAACUACAGCCUCACAUCCAUAAUACUCGUCGAUCUCAUGGGACUCGAAGAAUUUACGUCGAGUUACGGAUUGAUAUUAACGGCUCAGGGAAUAGGUAGUCUCACUGGGACACCGAUUGGAGGUUGGAUCCGCGAUAUUACGAAUUCUUACGAUUCCACAUUUUACCUAGCAGGAACGUUGAUCCUUUUUUCGGGCUUGAUAAUGUUGAUCGAACCGCUUUUCGCAAAAUGGAAAAAAAAUAAGCGUAAACGAAUGAUAAACAACAAACUCGAACCUAUUCCUAUUUUUCCUCUUAAAAAGGACUACAAAACUAAUUCUUUACUAGCACUUUAAAAAAAAAUACCCGGAAUUAUUAAUCUUUGAUAAGAAUAUUUUUUUUAAAAAAUAUUUAUUUUUUAUUUUAAUAAUUUGUGAUAUUAUUAUAAAUUAAUACAAUAUUUUUUUAAAUAUACUAAUUAUAUAUAUAUAUAUUAUACUAUAUACUCCCUCUACUAUAUAUGUACCAAGCUGCUCUCUGUUUGUAUUAUUAAAUGUGUU